CCCGUCUUCCACUAUAAAGUAACAGGCUUGUAGUCCUGCAAAUGGCGUCUCUGCUGCUGCGAUCGCUCGCGUCCUCCGCCGCCGGCGUCGGAUCUCGCCGCCUACUACCGCGUCUCUGCCCUGCCGUAUUUUCGAAGUUCUCAAUCCGAUCCAUGGCUUCCGAUUCCUUUCAGGUGGUCCAGAUCCAAAGGGACGAUACCACGUUUAAUGCAUAUGUUGCUGGAAAAGAAAAUGCUCCUGGAAUAGUAGUUCUGCAAGAGUGGUGGGGAGUUGACUUUGAGGUCAAAAACCAUGCUCUACACAUCGCACAACUGAAUCCUGGUUAUAGAACUCUUAUUCCAGAUUUGUACCGUGGAAAGGUUGGUUUAGAUGCCGCUGAGGCACAGCACUUAAUGGAUGGUCUGGAUUGGCAGGGUGCUGUUAAAGACAUAGAAGCUUCAAUUAAUUGGCUUAAGGCAACUGGUUCAUCAAAGGUUGGUGUGACUGGAUAUUGCAUGGGAGGGGCCCUGUCAAUAGCAAGUGGAGUUCUGGUCCCUCAGGUUGAUGCUGUAGUGGCUUUCUAUGGAGUGCCUUCGUCACAACUUGCUGAUCCUGCAUCAGCUAAGGCACCUAUUCAAGCUCAUUUUGGGGAGCUAGAUAAUGUUGUCGGAUUUUCCGAUGUCACUGCAGCAAAGGCGCUGGAAGAGAAGCUAAAAUCUUCUGGAGUUCCACAUGAGGUAUAUAUCUAUCCAGGCUGUGCCCAUGCUUUCAUGAACGCAUCUCCGGAGGGCAUCCAGAGGAGGAAGAAAAUGGGAAUGGACGACGGGGAUAGUGCAUCGGUUGACUUGGCUUGGUCUAGGUUCGCGACCUGGAUGGGCAAGUACUUGCAUUCUCCUUGAGUUCCGUAGUUAUGAGAUUACCUUCUUCGGUAUGCUUAUGCAGCGUAAGUACUUAUGGCCUUUCUCUUGGGGCGUGACCGUACAAUAUAGUGUGUUUGUUACCUUGACUAUUUUAACUUUUGUUUGCGAGUAGUACUGUUGCUGUUCAAAUAAAACCAUGACGGUUCGAUCUUA